CUUUUGGGCCGAUCAUAUUAGCACUUACAUGAUCUUCACCCGUAGUCAUUUAAUCAUUACAUUAACUGUCUCAGCGCAGCAUGUCUAUUUAAGUUUCGUCAACUCUGGGGAAUUUAGAAGAAGAUUGUAAAAAAAUGCACUUGAUUUGCUCCAAGAAUUCCAUCACCAAGUGUCUAGUAGCAUGUUGUAUUGUGACACUAUCCCUCUUGUGCACGUACAAUUGGCUCAUGCCACUAAUAAAAAAUCCCCCAAGAAACGCAUCCUUCGAGGAGGUUCUGUUUACAUCUGACCGUAGAUCGUGGUCACGGCAACACGUCACCCAACUUCUCCAACAAUCAGCAAACACAGUCAAAGUCUCAUCCUUCGACUGCUCGAGAUUACUCAACAACGACACAGAAUAUCUGAACCAAGUUGCGCAAACGAAAGUCAACACAACUUCGGGAAUUACCGAUGAGUCUUAUUUAAACAUAACAACAAACUGUGAACAUUUUUAUCGUCGCCGUGGUUUUAUAACGUCUUCGCUGACUUCGGAAGAAGAAGAGUUCCCAAUAGCGUACGCGUUGAUUGUAUACAAAGAUACUGAAAUGGUGGAGCGGCUUCUUAGAGCUAUAUACAGACCACAGAACUAUUACUGUAUACACGUGGAUGCUAAUUCACCAAGAAUGUUUUAUUUGGCUGUCUCAGCAAUUGCCAAGUGCUUUACUAAUGUUUUUCUAACGACAAAGAGACUCUCAGUCAAAUGGGGGACCUUCUCAGUGCUGGAACCCGAGUUAGUUUGUAUGAGAGAGCUCUUCAGCUACAAGAAAUGGAAAUAUUUUAUUAAUCUGACAGGGCAGGAGUUUCCUUUGAAAACAAAUUAUGAGUUAGUCAAGAUUUUGAAGUCGUUCAACGGAGCGAAUAGCAUUAACGGAACAGUAAAAUAUGCACGGCCAAGGCGUUGGAGAAAGAAAUUGCCGCCUUUAGGGUUGCGGGUUGUAAAGGGAUCAGUUCACAUAGUCGCUAACAGGGAUUAUGUAGACUUUGUACUUCACAACGAGACUGCUCAAAUAUUUCUCUACUGGACAAAAGGCACGGAAAUUCCUGACGAGACUUUCUUUUCUUCACUCAAUUACAAUCCACAGCUUGGGUUACAGGGCACGUACAAAGGUGACCCCGAUGACGUUCAUGAGUUUGUGGCCAGGUACAAGAUCUGGGACAACACACCGGAACUGUGUGCAGGGAGAUUUACACGGGACAUUUGUAUCCUGUCUACAGGUGAUCUACCGAGACUGGCUCAAGCCAAAGAACUUUUCGCCAACAAGACUUGCCAUUGGCUGCUUGGAGGAGAAGAUUUAUAACGAUACGCGUGACGAAUACCUGGGUGUCAAAGUUUUUGAAACGCAGUUUUACAGUAAUUUGAAUUUUGUGAGGGAUCAGAUCAAUCCAAGUUCUACAGUAACUUG